CUUAAGGAAGCUGUGGCCGAUGUGAUAAAAAAAGGAGGAGGAGGAACGAAAGAAGACAUUGUGAUUAUUAAUGAUGAUGAGCCAGACCCUAAAAAUGACCCAUGUUGUAAAUCGUGUAGAAAGUGACAUGUAAACUUUAUCAGGCCAUGAGUAGUGAUGCUUUUACUAUUUUUGAUAACAAUAAUUUACACAGUGUGAACUUUAUGAAUGCCAGCCAGUCAAUGAUGUCUCUGAUAAGGAGUGAGACUACUGAGCAACAUGAUACACAUUCUCUCCAGGUGUCCAAUACUAUGCAGAGAUAAUAAUAAUUAUAACUAACUAAACAACAGUAGUAAACAUAACAUGUUGCUCUUAGGCUCCAGUACAGCAACAAAAACAAAAAAGAAGUCAAUGUCCUUGUUGAAGACUACUUGCACAAUUAUUUCUAUGUACUUUUAAUAUUUUCCAUUCUAGGUGUCCCUUGAAUAAAAUACCACCGAGGUGCAUCAGGCUGCAUUUGCAAUACUUCAAAGCCCACGCAUUAUUAAAGAAGGGUAUGUAGCCUUAUAUGGAAGUUGAAAGCUGUAGCAAAGGAGUGGUUGGCUUUUUAUCAAAGCUGCCUGCCCUUAAAUUUUUAAAGCCAUGGCCUCAAACGUUGCAGGUGCAGGAAAACAGCUCAGAAUAAUCUUUGUUGGUGAUUCUGGUGUUGGGAAGACAUCAAUAUUCAAAUUAUUUGAAAAUCAUGAAGUCUUCCAGUCUCCUGUAGUCACAAUUAAUCCUCAGACAAUAGAAAGAAACAUUGUCAUUGGGCCACCACAUGAGACUGUAAAGCUCUUGAUUUAUGACACAGCUGGUCAUGAAAGGUUUAGGACCUUCACAAGACAGUACUAUCAAGAUGCAGACAUUGCCUUCCUUGUUUUCAGCAUCACUGAUGGUCCUUCAUUCCACCACAUUGGAGAGAUAUGGAUGAAAGAGAUGGCUACUAACAGACAGGGUAACACCGAGAUGAUUCUGAUUGGUAACAAGUCUGAUCUGGCUGAUGACAGGAUUAACCCUCAAUCAACUAGCAAACAAUUCGCUGAGCAAUAUCAGAUGAGGUUUAUUGAAAUGUCUGCCAUUAAAAAUGAUGAUUUUCAAAAGUUGUACAGCGUGCUUAAGGAAGCUGUGACCCAUGUGAUAAAGAAAGGAGGAGGAGGAACGAAAGAAGACAUUGUGAUUAUUAAUGAUGAUGAGCCAGCUCCACGAGAUGAUGGAUGGUGUUCAAAAUGCUGAAAUUAAGUGACGUGCAAACUUUAUUAGGCCAUGAGUAAAGUGAUACUUUUACUUUUUGAUAACAAUAAUUUACACAGUGUGAACUUUAUGAA